AUGGAACAGGAGCAUUUGGAAUUUUUGAAGCAAGUAAAGGGCAUUUCAAUAAAUUCUCCUUUUAUUGAGUCGUUAUCUAAGGUUCCUGAAUACGCGAAGUUCUUACAAGACCUGAUAGAUACUCACCAACAGUUAAAGAAAAAUUCUAAGUUGAUCCUUAGUGAGCAGAGUUCUAAGGUGGUAUUGGGAGAGUUACCAAAAAAUAUGGGAGAUUCAGGACGCCUUACUCUUCCAUGUGAAUUUGGGAAUAAUUUGAAGACUUAUGCUUUAGCUGAUUCUGGAGCUAGCAUAAAUUUAAUGCCUUUCUCAUUUUAUCAAAAGCUUAAUAUUUCGAAGUUGAAGGCUACAAAAAUGACAAUUCAUAUGGCUAACCGUUCAGUGACACAUCCUAAAGGCAUUGUAGAAGACAUCUUGGUAAAAUUUGGGAAAUUUGUUUUUUCAAUAUAUUUUGUGGUUAUGGACAUGAAAGAAGAUGCCAAUGUCUCGAUUAUUCUUGGUCACCCUUUACUCAACAUUGCUCGAGCCUUGGUUGACAUUCGUGAGUCCAAACUUACUUUGAGAGUUGGAGAUAAAGAAGCUAAUUUUGGAAUAGAAACCCAGAAAAGUAUAUAA